ACGUGAUAGUCGGGCAAAAUUUACUGAACACAAGAAGCAAUGAUGUUAGUGUUUGAUAACAAAUUAGAACAAAAACUUUAAAUUAUUAGGACCUUAAAUCUUGAACGACCUUUUUUGUUGCAAACCCCGGUAAUAGAUCGAAGCUUUCAAGUGAUAGCUACGGUAUCGAGAUAGUUCUGUGUGGUAGCAGGUUCUUCCCAGAUGCAGCUCUACCCAAACAACCUCAUUACCCUAACGCGUACUUCCAUCUCCAAUUUGUCAAUCAAAUUCCUCCGCGCUCCGUUCGAGAUUUUGUUUCGUGCGAGUUCAUCUAAUCAGCUCCGGAUUGAGGUCGCCCUGCCGUGUGUUUCAAUCGUUCAACUUUGUGCGUACGUUAGCUAGCUUUUGGCCGGCUAGAGUUUGAUUGUGCCCAGGACGGACGGAAAAAGCACCCACUUUCGGGCGCAGCGCACCGCGCAGCAUGAUGCCCGACCAAAGGUGCGGAGCAAAUUCGGCGUUCUGUCCCCUGGGUCUCGUGGGGCAUCACUACCACCAUCAUCACCGCUCAAGUGUGGCACGCAGCCCGAUAAGAUGCUGCGUAGCAAACCGCACACGUGCUUUUGCGAGUGUUGGUGCCAAUGUUGCCCCGUACCCUUAUUAAGGGUACGCGCGUGAAGGCAGGCGAGCUGUACAGAGGUGCGGUACAGCUCCCCUACCCCCACGUACGGACAGAGCGUGGAGCGUGCUGCACACCGACAAACCUUGCCUGGAGAGAUCUCAGAGCGAAAAGGGGCAACGCACACGCAGACACAGAGACGAAGCUGCGCGAGCGCACCCGAGAGCGACAUCUAUCACCAUCCUAAGCACAGAAACCGCCCGACGGUCCGGCUGCAAGCGUGCGCGCCCCAAGCUCCCUCUCUUUCCCUCCCACCCUGCCCCCGCCCCUUCCUCCUCUUCUCCCCUCUAGCAGUGUGCUCCCAGCAUCACAGGACACAGGAGCUUCUCUGCAAUCAAACGAACCAGCGCAAGCACCGGCGGCGUCCCCAGCACCGGUAAUCCUGCCGUACACAGCACAACAACACAGCGCAAUGGAUAGUAAGGACGAGACGCGGGCACAGUCCCAGCAGGCGGACGAGGGGCUCGAGCCGACGACCGCCGCCCUGGACCAGCUCGCCCUGUCGCUGCCGCUCGGGAAGAAGCGGGCGGGCCGGGGCGCGGUAGCGAGCGGGCUGACGCACGAGUGCGGCGUGUUCGGCGCGAUUGCGACGGGCGAAUGGCCGACGCAGAUUGACGUGGCGCAGGUCAUCUGUCUCGGGCUGGUGGCGCUGCAGCACCGCGGCCAGGAGUCGGCCGGCAUCGUCACGAGCGAGGGCCACUGCGCGAAGAACUUCAACGUGCACAAGGGCAUGGGCAUGAUCAACAACAUCUUCACCGACGACUCGAUGAAGAAGCUGAAGGGCAACCUCGGCAUCGGGCACACGCGCUACUCGACCUCGGCCGCGUCGGAGGAGGUCAACUGCCAGCCGUUCGUGGUGCACACGGCGCACGGUGCGCUCGCGGUGGCGCACAACGGCGAGCUGGUCAACUGCGAGAGCCUGCGCAAGGACGUGCUGGAGCGGGGCGUCGGCCUGUCCACGCACAGCGACUCGGAGCUGAUCACGCAGGCGCUCUGCCUGAACCCGCCCGAGGGCGAGGUGGACGGGCCGGACUGGCCGGCGCGCAUCAAGCACCUGAUGCAGCUCGCGCCACUCUCCUACUCGCUGGUGAUCAUGCUCAAGGACAAGAUUUACGGCGUGCGCGAUCCGUACGGCAAUCGGCCGCUCUGCAUUGGCAAGAUCGUGCCGCUCACGAUCGGCGCCUAUCGUAAUGAGAAGGUCGACAAGCUGCCCGCCGAGGGUUGGGUCAUAUCGAGCGAAAGCUGCGGCUUCCUGUCGAUCGGCGCCCGGUACGUGCGGGAGGUGCAGCCGGGCGAGAUCGUGGAGCUGACGCGCGACGGCAUCAAGACGAUCGACAUCAUCGACUGUCCGGAGAACCGGCGGCACGCGUUCUGCAUCUUCGAGUACGUCUACUUUGCCCGUUCCGACUCGAUCUUCGAGGGGCAGAUGGUGUACUCGGUGCGGCUGCAGUGCGGCCGCCAGCUGGCCCGCGAGGCCGGCGUCGAUGCGGACAUCGUCAGCUCGGUGCCGGAGUCGGGUACGGCCGCGGCGCACGGUUUUGCUCGCGAGGCUAAGCUGAACUUUGCCGAGGUGCUGUGCAAGAACCGGUACGUUGGGCGCACCUUCAUCCAGCCGUCGACGCGGCUCCGCCAGCUCGGGGUGGCGAAAAAGUUCGGCGCGCUGUCGGAGAACGUGGCGGGCAAGCGGCUCGUCCUGAUCGACGACUCGAUCGUGCGCGGCAACACGAUCGGCCCGAUCAUCAAGCUGCUGCGGGAUGCCGGCGCCCUGGAGGUGCACAUCCGGAUAGCCAGCCCGCCCCUGCUCUACCCGUGCUACAUGGGCAUCAACAUUCCGACGCGCGAGGAGCUGAUCGCGAACAAGCUGAACGCGGAGGAGCUGGCCAAGUACGUCGGUGCGGACAGCUUAGCGUACCUCAGCGUGGACGGGCUGAAGAAGGCGGUCCAGCUGAACAUGGCGGUGAAGAAGCCGGAACAGGUCGGCCACUGUACCGCCUGCCUCACCGGCGACUACCCGGGCGGGCUGCCGGACGAGCUAGAGUGGUAGUAGUGGUAGAUGCUUUUCCUUUUCUUUUCUAUUUUUUUUUGUAAGCAGUUUAUGUGUGUGUGUGUGUGUUUUUUUGCUUCUGUUUCUAUUUUGCACUUACAAUGUAAGCACAUAGUGACGUAAUGUAAUCGCACGGUUUUGCGAUGAGAAAAAUAAAUACGCAAGCGAGCGCGAUUUGGCUGGACUUUAUCAACACGA